CGCUUCUGCAAGCGGUGACGACGCACGCACACGUAGCGCGCCGCUCGAGCGUCCCCCUCCUCAAUCUCACGCCACUGGGCGCUGCGCGAUCGAGGCGGCGUUUCGGUUUCGCUCAGUGAGUGAGCGGCUCGCGGAGCCGGGCGCGCGCCACGACCAUGAGGCGCAGCAAGGCCGAAGUGGAGCGGUACAUCGCCUCGAUGCAGGCCGCGGCCCCUUCCCCCAAAGAGAAAUCAAUGAAAGGAUUCUAUUUUGCUAAACUCUAUUAUGAAGCAAAAGAGUAUGAACUUGCUAAAAGGUGCGUAACUGGUUAUCUUAAUGUACAAGAGAGAGAUCCCAAGGCACACAAAUUUCUGGGCCAGCUCUAUGAAGCUGAAGAUAGCAUAGAAAAAGCUGUGGGUUGCUAUAAGCGUUCAGUGGAAUUGAACCCAACACAAAAAGAUCUUGUACUGAAGAUUGCGGAAUUAUUGUGUAACAAUGAUGUUACAGAUGGAAGAACAAAAUACUGGGUUGAGAGAGCUUCUAAACUCUUCCCUGGAAGUCCUGCUGUUUACAGACUGAAGGAACAGUUAUUGGAUUGUAAAGGUGAAGAUGGAUGGAAUCAGCUUUUUGAUCUGAUACAGUCGGAACUCUAUGCAAGACCAGAUGAUGUCUAUGUAAACAUCAAGCUAGUAGAGCUCUACCGUUCAAAUAAAAGAUUGAAGGAUGCUGUGACUCACUGUCGAGAGGCAGAGAAGAAGAUUGCUAUGCGAUCAAGCUUGCAAUGGUGUUUGUGUGUUGUACAGACAUUUAAGGAAUAUCUGGAAUCUGCACAGGACUCAGAGUCUGAAAAAAGUAUUUGGAGAAGCACCAACAGAGAUCUGCUGCUGGCCUACUCCAACCUUGUAGUAAUGACACUUUCUACUAGAGAUGUUCAAGAAAGCAGAGAAUCACUUGUAAGUUUUGAUCACGCUCUUCAGUCUGUGAAACCACAUGUGAAUAGAAAUGAAGAGCUGUCUAUUACAUUGUUGGAAAUGAGAGGUCACUUUUACAUGUAUGCUGGAACUCUUUUGUUGAAAAUGGCGCAGCACAAUGAGAAGCAAUGGAGAGCUGUAUCUGAACUGGCAGCUUUGUGUUACCUUAUAGCUUUUCAAGUCCCUAGACCAAAGACAAAACUAAUAAAGGGAGAUCAAGCUGGACAAGAUAUGCUGGAAAUGUUAGCCUGUGAUCGACAGAGCCAGUCUGGUCACAUGCUGCUAAACUUAAGCCAUGGCAAGCAAGACUUCUACAAAGAGAUUGUGGAGUCUUUUGCAAAUGAAAGUGGGCAAUCUACUUUAUUCGAUGCACUCUUUGAGAAUGGAGCUCCUAGAGAGAGAACUUUCCUUGGCACUGAUAAUAUCAGAAAUGUCUGUACACAGGGACCAGACCAUGUGGAGCUAGGCAGAUAUGAUAUUGGUGCAGUUCGAGUGCACAAUGGUUGUCUCCAGCACCUUACAUGGCUUGGUUUACAGUGGAACUCCAUGUCAGUCUUCCCUGAAAUACGCAAGUGGUUAAAACAGCUUUUUCACUUGCCCCAGGAAACAUCAAGACUUGAGACCAAUGCUCCUGAAACAAUCUGUAUAUUGGACCUGGAAGUAUUUCUACUUGGAGUGAUAUUUACUAGCCGUUUACAAUUACAAGAGACAUUUAAUACUCACUACAGUUCACAUCAGCCUCAAUUUUUACCAUUGCCAGUGAGCAGACAGCUCUGUAGUGAAAGGCAGAGAUCCUGGUGGGAUGCUGUUAAUAACCUUAUUCACAAAAAAACAGUACCAGGAACAGCAGCAAAAUUAAGGCUUCUAGUCCAGCAUGAAAUAAACACUCUCAGAGCACUGGGGAAACAUGGACUUCAACCUGCCCUAAUUGUUCACUGGGCAAAAUGUCUUCAGAAAACAAGCAACAAUCUAAAUUCUUUCUAUGACCAAAGGGAAUACAUUGGACGAAGUGUUUAUUAUUGGAAAAAAGUUUUGCCUAUGCUGGAAAUCAUCAAGAAGAGGAAAAGUGUUCCUGAACCUAUUGAUCCUUUGUUCAAGCACUUCCAUAGUGCAGAUAUUCAGGUUUCCCAGGUGGCAGAAUACGAAGAGGAGGCAUAUAUAGCAUUUGCUAUGUUGGAUGCAGUUGAUGGAAAAACUGAGGAUGCUUUGCUAGCACUUGAAGCUAUUAAAAAUGUCGUUUCAUAUUGGAAUCUUGCCAUAAUUUUCCAGAGAAAGGCUGAAGAAAUUGAGAAUGAUGCACUCUCACCAGAAGAACAAGAAGAGUGCAAAAGUCACCUGCAAAAGAGCAGAGACUAUCUAAUAAAGAUCAUUGAUGAAAGUAUUACAGACACUUCAGUAAUUGAGAAGUUACCAGUGUCAAUAGAAACUGUUAAGGAGAUGCUGGAUACAGUAACUCAAGAGCUUGGGGAUUAUGGCGAAGAAGGGAGUCCUGUCUUCAAGAAUGGCCUAUCCCGAACUGUAGAUUCAGAAUUUAAACACUCCAUUCCAUCACCAACAAAAUUUUCUUUAUCACCAAGUAAAAGCUACAAGUUCUCUCCCAAAACGCCCCCUCGUUGGGCAGAGGAUCAGAAAUCUUUACUUCAAUUGAUCUGUCAGCAAGUAGAAGCCAUUAAGAAUGAGAUGCAUGAAAUGAAACUCAAUAAUUCCAAUUCAAACUUGUCUCAUCGGUGGCCUGCUGAAGGCUAUGGCACAGAUACAAUGUCAGAUGGCUAUCAGGGAACACAGAACUUUCAUGGAGCUCCACUAACAGUUGCUACCACUGGCCCAUCAGUCUACUACAGUCAGUCGCCUGCAUAUAACUCUCAGUAUCUUCUCAGAACAGCUGCAACCAAUGUAACGCCAACAAAGGCUCCUGUCUAUGGCAUGAACAGGCUUACACCUCAACAACAUAUAUAUGCUUAUCAACAGCCAAUGCAUACACCACCACUGCAGAACACCCCUGCCUGCAUAUUUCCCCAAGAAAUGUAUGGUGCUCCUUUGCGUUUUGAUUCUCCUGCUACUGGAAUUCUGUCUCCACGUGGUGGUGAUGAGUAUUACAAUUACAGUGUUCCACAAACAAGCACAAAUCCACCAUUGCCUGAGCCAGGCUAUUUCACAAAACCUUCGGUUGGUCCUCUGGUUCCAAAGUCUGCAGAAUCAAAGGUGAUAGAAUUUGGGAAAUCUACCUUUGGGCACCCUGUACCAACAGAAGGAACAAAAUCCUCUUUCACAACACCUGCACAAUCAACUCAACCAACCACUUUUAAAUUUAACUCUAAUUUCAAAUCUAAUGAUGGAGACUUUACAUUUUCAUCACCUCAGAUUGUAGCCCAGCACCCCAGUGCAGCUUUUAAUAGCAGUGAAAGCCUCUUGGGUCUUCUGACAUCAGAUAAACCUUUACAAGAUGAUCAAUACAUGGGGCAAAAAACAGUUCAUGAUCAUACACCAGGCCAAAGAAAUACUUUCAGUUUUGGUAACAAAAAUAUUUCAGGCAUUUCGUUUAUAGAAAACAUGGGACAAAACCAACCUAAAACCUCAGGUUUUGGUAAGGGUGACAUGUUCAAUUUCCAAGAACCUGGAAAACCAGUGUUUGGAACCCCAAGUUCAGAUCUGGCCAAUAGAAGUCAUGAAACUGAUGGAGGAAGCAUCCAUGAUGCCGAUGAUGAUGAUGAUGGUCCACACUUUGAGCCUGUAGUGCCACUCCCUGACAAGGUUGAAGUAAAGACAGGUGAGGAAGAUGAAGAGGAAUUCUUUUGCAACAGAGCAAAGCUGUUCCGUUUUGACACAGAAUUGAAAGAAUGGAAAGAAAGGGGCAUUGGAAAUGUGAAAAUAUUGAGGCAUAAAAUAUCUGGGAAGAUUCGGCUCCUUAUGAGGCGGGAGCAAAUACUGAAAAUCUGUGCAAAUCACUAUAUAAAUACAGAUAUGAAACUGCAACUAAAUGCAGGUUCAGACAAGUCAUUUGUAUGGCAUGCGUUAGAUUAUGCAGAUGAGUGUCCAAAACCUGAGCAGCUUGCCAUUAGAUUCAAAACUCUAGAGGAAGCAAUGCUUUUCAAGCAGAAAUUUGAAGAGGUGCAGAAUAUUUUGAGAGCCUCAGGAUCAAAUGUUGGUACACCAGCCGUUCAGAAUGUUGGGACUACAAGAGAAAUAGCAAAUCAGGAUAGCAAGGAGCCUUGCAAAACUAUUCCUGGAGCCAUGAAUUUUGGAUUUCGCUUAAAGAAAGAGGAGAUGUGGCAGUGUAAUGUGUGCUUAGUGAAAAACAGUUUAACUGCUUCCCAGUGUAGUGAUUGCAAGGCUCCAAUCCAAAAUACAAACAGUUCUGUAAAGGGACCUGAUGGCAAAAGCAGUUUUACAGUUACGUCAGCUGCAUCUACACCAAUAUCCUUUUCCUUUGACAGGGAAAUCCCAUCCACAUGUACUACUAGUGGAUUUGGGGAACAGUUUAUGUUGAAGAAAGAUCAGUGGGCUUCUAAUGCGUGUCUGGUUCGAAAUGAAGCUACUGAUAAGAACUGUUCAGCAUGCCAAAGUCCGAAUCCAAGAAACAAGGAAGUGCAUGCUGUACCAUUACCUGACACUUUUGAAGCUUUCAAACCCCACACUGAUGCCCCACAUGAAAAAUUUGGAUCAGUUUUUGCUAAAAAAGGAGGUCACUGGGAUUGCAGUGUAUGCUUAGCAAGAAACGAACCCACUGCCUCUAAAUGUGUUGCCUGCCAGAAUCCAAAUAGAACUAACAUGCCAGUAUUUGGUCAUCAAGCUUCAUUUAAAAUUGGCCAAGGAGAUGUUCCGAAGACUACACAAAACGGUUUUGGAGCUGCAUUCUCUAAAAAAGGAGAUCAGUGGGAUUGCAGUGUGUGCCUAGGCAGAAAUGAAGCAAGAGCUGUAAAUUGUGUUGCUUGUCAGAAUCCCAAUUCACCAAGUCAGCCUGAUGUGUCUACAUCUACUAUUCAAGCAUCUCCUGCUCCCAGAUUUGGUUCUACCACUGAUGCCAGUAAACCCCCGAAAAGUGGAUUUGAGGGACUCUUCACUAGAAAGGAAGGGCAAUGGGAUUGCAAUGUUUGCUUGGUACGAAAUGAAGGCUCUUCAGUAACCUGUGCAGCUUGUCAAGCACCAAAUCCAUGUAAUAAGCCUGUUGCUGACGCCCCAUCAACUCUUACAUUUGGCCUUAAAAGCAAAUUAUCUGAACCUGCUGGAGGACAACUGGGAACAGGUUUUAAGUGUGACUUUUCUGAGAAAGGUUUUAAAUUUGGUCAUACAGAACAAGGAAAAGCACCUUCUUCCUUCACCUUUCAGAUUCCUUCAGAUACUGAAGUAAAACCUGAAAAAGAAGGAUUUAGCUUUUCAAUGCCUAUGCCCGCAGGUGGAUUUAAAUUUGGCAUACAGGAGCCUAGUAAAAAUAUCACAAAGGAUGAGCCACCCAAAGAAAGUUCCAAUGAUUUCUUAAACAGUGGUGAUGAAAAAGAGAAAAGGGAGAAUUCCUCAAAGGGUGUAACUGGUAUCCAGUUUCAUAACAUCUCUAGCAAACUGAACAGUGAUUUAGUUUUUGGCCAGAAUAGCAGCACUUUCACUUUUGCUGACCUUGCAAAAAAUACUUCUGGAGAAGAAUUUCAGUUUGGUAAAAAAGAUCCAAAUUUCAAGGGUUUUUCAGGUGCAGGUGAAAAGUUAUUUUCCUCACAGAGUUCUAAAGUGGCUCACAAACCUAAUACUUCUAUUGAUCUUGAGAAGGAGGAUGAGGCAUAUAAGACAGAGGACAAUGAUGAUAUCCAUUUUGAACCUGUAGUCCAGAUGCCUGAAAAAGUGGAACUAGUGACAGGGGAAGAGGAUGAGACAGUGCUCUAUUCACAAAGAAUAAAACUAUUUAGGUUUGAUCCAGAAACAAGCCAGUGGAAAGAACGUGGUGUUGGAAACUUGAAAAUUCUUAAAAAUGAAGUUAAUGGGAAACUAAGAAUGCUAAUGCGACGUGAACAGGUACUGAAAGUAUGUGCAAACCAUUGGAUAACAACUACCAUGAAUUUGAAAUCUCUGUCUGGUUCAGACAAAGCAUGGAUGUGGUUAGCCAGCGACUUUUCUGAUGGAGAUGCAAAGUUGGAGCAGCUGGCAGCUAAAUUCAAGACAACAGAGCAGGCUGAGGAAUUCAAACAGAAGUUUGAAGAGUGUCAGAGGCUGCUGUUGGAUAUACCGCUGCAGACCCCACAUAAACUUGUGGAUACUGGUAGAACAGCUCAACUCAUACAGAAAGCAGAAGAAAUGAAAAGUGGGUUAAAAGAUCUCAAAACCUUCUUGACAGAUGAUAAAACUAAAUUGACAGAAGAAGAUAAUAAAAACUCAGCUUCAGCCAGUAAUACCUCUGAUUUAAUUAUAAAGCCACAAGCUGAAAGCACUGGGCCUACUCUGGAGUGGGAUAAUUAUGAUUUACGUGAAGAAGCAUUGGAUGAUAGUGUAAAUAGCUCUGUGUAUGCCUCACCUCUGGCAAGUAGCCCUGUGAGAAAAAACCUGUUUAGAUUUGGGGAGUCUACAACAGGAUUUAAUUUUAGUUUCAAAUCUGCCUUGAGUCCAUCGAAAUCUCCUGCCAAACAGAAUCAGAGCAGGUUGUCUAUGGGGACAGAUGAAGAGUCUGAUCUUACUCAAGAAGAAGAAAGAGAUGGACAAUACUUUGAACCUGUGGUACCUUUACCUGACCUUGUAGAUGUGGCAAGUGGUGAAGAAAAUGAGCAAGUUGUCUUCAGUCAUAGAGCUAAACUCUACAGAUAUGAUAAAGAUGCCAGUCAAUGGAAAGAAAGAGGUAUUGGGGAUAUAAAGAUCUUGCAGAAUUAUGACAACAAACAAGUUCGUAUUGUAAUGAGAAGAGACCAGGUAUUAAAACUCUGUGCCAAUCAUAGAAUAACACCAGACAUGAACAUGCAACAGAUGAAAGGAACUGAAAGAGCCUGGGUCUGGGCUGCAUGUGACUUUGCAGAUGGGGAAAGAAAGGUAGAGCUCUUAGCUGUGCGAUUUAAACUACAAGAUGUUGCAGAGUCAUUUAAGCAAAUUUUUGAUGAAGCAAAACAUGCCCAAGAAAAAGACACCUUGAUUACACCUCUUCCUUCACGUGCCAGUACACCAAGAGAGUCUCCAUGUGGCAGAAUUGCUGUAGCUGUACUGGAGGAAACCACCAGGGAGAGAACUGAUCUGAACCAGGAUGGCGAUACCUCUGAUGUGACAUUGGAGGUUUCAGAGGUGUCAAGCACUUCUGAAACACCAACAAAAACGGUGGUUUCUCCUCCAAAGUUUGUAUUUGGUUCAGAAUCGGUCAAGAGUAUUUUCGGUAGUGAAAAAUCAAAGCCAUUCACAUUUGGAAAUACUUCAGCUACAGGAUCCCUAUUCGGUUUCAGCUUUAACUCUCCUUCAAAAAGCAAAAGUGAAGAGGAUAGUUCAGUGUCUCAAAACAUAAUGCAGAGAGAACUAGAGUUCACAGUAUCUGAGCCUCAGGAAAGCUACACUGCCAAUCGGAAGCCUACAGACAACAAGGAAGAAAAUUACUUGGUUACAUCAGCAGCAGGAUCAUCUACUUACACAUUUAAAACACUAGAAAAAGGAUUUAAUUUUAGUCUUUUUAAAUCUAAUCCAAUGGCCUUUUGGACCAGCACACCUUCCUUCCAACCCGAUAGCAAAGCUGAGAGGAAAAAGGAAACUGAUGUAGAACUUUCCUCUGAUGUACUCAUUGUUUAUGAGCUAACACCUACCCCUGGACAAAGAGCUCUUGCUGACUCUCUUAAACUACCUUCAACAUUCUUCUGCUACAAGAAUAAGCCUGGUUACUUAAGUGAAGAUGAUGAUGACGAAGACUAUGAAAUGGCUGUUAAGAAACUUAAUGGAAAGCUAUAUCCUGAUGAUCCCAAAGAGCAUAAAAUAUCAAAAGAUCCUGCGCAAGGUAUCAUGGGAGAAACUGAACCAGAGAAUGAGAGAGAGUGUGUUAUUGUUUGGGAAAAGAAACCAACUCCUGAAGAAAAGGCUAAAGCAGAGACUCUAAAGCUUCCUUCUACGUUUUUCUGUGGUGUUAGUAGUGAUACUGAUGAGGACAAUGACAAUCUGGAAGACUUUCAGACAGAACUUAAAAAAGUUCAAGAAGCCAAAGAGUUUUCGGAAAACAAAGUUACCAGUUCAACUGAUAUAGUCUGUACCAGUGAGGCUGAAGUAUCUGUUCCAUCAACCAGUGAGGCUGAAGUAUCUGUUCCAUCAACCACUAGAUGUGAAGAACCAGACUCAACCACAGAAUCCCCCUCCCCAUCACAGACUUUGUCAGGAACUGAUGACAAACCUGUUGAUUUGUCAGCUAAAAAAGAAAAUGAUCCAAAUUUAACAGAGUCCACAAACCAAGGAAGUGGAACAAUCACAUUUGGAUUUGACACUACUUCUGGCUUGUCAUUUGCAGAUCUGGCUUUAAAUUCUGGGGAUUUUGCUUUUGGUUCUAAAGAUAAAAACUUCAAAUGGGAAAAUACAGGAGCAGCUGUAUUCGGAGUGCAGCCAGCCAGUAAAGGAGAUGAAGAUGAAGAUGGUAGUGAUGAAGAAGUUGUACAUAGUGAUGAUAUCCACUUCGAUCCUGUAGUGUCCUUACCAGAGGUGGAGGUGAAAUCAGGAGAAGAGGAUGAAGAAAUUCUCUUCAAAGAGAGGGCAAAACUCUAUCGAUGGGACAGAGAAGUCAAUCAGUGGAAAGAGCGUGGAGUUGGAGAGUUAAAAAUUCUCUUCCAUACACAGAAGAAAUAUUACAGAAUUUUAAUGAGAAGGGACCAAGUUCUCAAAGUGUGUGCAAAUCAUGUGAUCACAAAAACAAUGAAUUUAAAGCCCUUGAAUACAUCGAACAAUGCAUUAGUAUGGACUGCCACAGAUUAUGCUGAUGGAGAAGCAAAAGUAGAACAACUUGCAGUUCGAUUUAAAAGCCAAGAAAUGGCUGAUUCCUUCAAGAGGAGAUUUGAAGAAUGCCAACAAAAUUUGUCAGAACUUCAGAGAGCACAUGUAUCCUUGGCAGCAGAACUGUCAAAGGAAACCAACCCUGUAGUGUAUUUUGAGGUUUCUGCUGAUGAUGAACCUUUAGGACACAUAACCAUGGAACUAUUUUCAAAUAUUGUUCCUCGAACUGCUGAAAAUUUCAGGGCCCUGUGCACAGGGGAAAAAGGAUUUGGAUUCAAGAACUCUAUAUUUCACAGAAUAGUUCCUGAUUUUAUGUGUCAGGGAGGAGAUAUCACUAAGCAUGAUGGAACAGGUGGACGGUCCAUUUAUGGAGAUGCAUUUGAGGAUGAGAACUUUGAAGUGAAACACACUGGUCCUGGAUUACUGUCGAUGGCAAAUCGUGGCCGGGACACCAAUAAUUCUCAGUUUUUUAUCACACUUAAAAAAGCAGAACACCUGGACUUUAAACAUGUGGUAUUUGGGUUUGUGAAGGAUGGCAUGGAUGUUGUGAAAAAAAUUGAAUCUUUUGGUUCUCCCAAAGGGUUGAUGAACAGAAUUGUCAUCACAGACUGUGGGCAAAUAUAAUGUCUAAGUAGUGAUUCUACAGAUAUGUGCACUAACAGCAUAAAUCAAAGUUGGGCUGUUGUAGACUAAUGUUCAGCUUUUUUAAAAUUGAUAUUUCUGAUGUAUAAAUGUAAAAUUACAACUUACAGAAACAUACUUUUUUAUGUUAAUUGACUUUGCAUGUUGUGAAAUAAAGUUAAAACACUGGCAUAUGUUAUCCUGAAAUUUGUUUUAAAUGUGAAAAAUUUAAAAUUAAAUCCUGGUCUUGUUAAAGCAAUUGUCUUUUCUUCACUUCGGUUUGUACAAGGAAUAUUACAUGCAUAAUCUAUUUUCAGUUAUUUUGAUUUGCUACACUUAUGUAUCUGUAUUUUGAAUACAGAAUUAGCUAUCAUGUUUUCAAACUAAAGUAGUUCUAUGUGAGAACUAUUUCCUCCUCUUCCCACUGAUGUACAGAAAAAUUUAAAAAAGCAAAAUGGCAAUUCAUUCUCCUUACUCCUAAGAACAUUCAGCUGCAAAUAUAAGUUAACUUCAGCUAGAGAGAGAGAUGAUAUCUUUCCUAAGUUGAAGAAAACGUGUUUUUUCUACCGGAUGGUUUGUUUGUGAAACAGCCUUUGGGUACCUGAACCCUGAAGUUACUGAACUAUUGUCUGUAUACUGUCUUAACAAAAGUGCUUGUCAAAAUCUGACUGAGAACAUGUGAUCUUCCUUUGGUAUUAAUUAAUAUACUUUGAGACCCACUGUUUGUAUCACUGCUUUGUAUAUGGGAGACCGACUGCAAAAAUACCUGUAAGGGCAAUUGGAUGAUAAAUAAAGAAUUUGUAAAGCUUAUUGGGUGGGGGGGAAAAAAAAAACUGG